AGUUAAAAAACAAAAUAGACAAUAACGAAACUAGAAAAUAUCAACAAUUUGUUGAAUAUAAAAUUGACAAAUUAUAAUCUUGAGAUAUUGUAUUUAUUCCGACAAAAGGAAAUUAGUACACGUAAUAAAGAAAUAUGAAUUUUAUUGAAAGAAGAGAAGAGCCAACAAAAGCUCUUGCUAAGUUUCUUAAAGCGAAAGAUAUAAGAUUGGUAUAUAUAACCGGGCCAAUGGGUAUAGGUAAAAAGACGUAUGGUACAAGACUAAGAGAUCGGCUGAAAAAAUUGAUAAAUCCUUGUUUAACGUCUGAAGGAGAUUUCAGACAUUAUUGCUUCAAACAGCCAUCAGAAGCGCCAGACUUAGAAGUCAUAUUUAAGAGCCUUUUGAUUUCCUGUUGCAAUACACAUAAUAUGCAACACUUGAGUUUAGAAGAGAUAUUAAAAGAUAACGAUCUGAAGAAUCAAAAUAUAGUCUUAUCGAUAUAUCAUCUGGAAAAAUUAUUGGGAGAAUCUUUAAAGUUUCUCGAAUUAAUAAAAACUGGUACAAACAUGAUUUUAGAUGCUUUGCCUAAAUGUUACAUAAUAUUUACAAGUGACAUACAAUGCAACAUCUUUGACGAGAAACAAAAAAGCAUCUGUUUAAAGAGAUUCAUGAAACAUGAAUCAGUAGAAUUCCUGAAAAAUUAUGUUAAAAAUCAUGAAGAAUUAGCACAAUAUGGAGACAGGAUGGCAAAAAUAUGCGAUUAUCUACCAAUUACACUUUCGUUGGCGGGAGCCGUUUGGUCAGCUAUCGAUAGUCAAUUCUACAAAGAUGUUCAAGAGUUUAUUAAUUAUUUAGAAGAUCCUGAAAUAUAUUUAAAGAUAUUAUCAACAAAAGAUUUCGUGCUGGACGAUAGAAUUCAAUUAAAGAUUAAAAGGAGUUUAGAGAAUUUAAAUGAGGAGAGUCUUGCCGAUUUAAUAGCAAUAACAUACAUUCCUGGAACUUUUAAUGAUGAAGCCAUAAGCGCAAUCUUAGGAAAAAGAGUGCAAGAAAUAAAAAUCCUUAAAGAAAAACAUCUUGUAGUAACCGAAAGUAAUGAAAGAUAUGAUGUCCUAAAAUCAGUUCGAGAUUAUAUAAACACUGUUAUAGGCAACGAUUAUCCAAGCGAAAAUAAAUUAGUUUUGCAUUUCCGUUAUGUAAGAUUCUUUGGUGAUAUUUUGGAACAAUUUCAAAGUAAAGCGGACUCAAAAGACUGUGGUAAAGCGUUAUUACCAAUAGAUCAGGAAUAUACAAAUUUGCAGAAAUUCUUACAAGAAGCUAUUCACGCCAACAAUUCUUAUCAACCAUAUAUAAACGCUGCCAUAAAUGCUGAAAGUCUAAUUGUCAGUUUCUUGCAAAAGGACUCGUUAGAAUUUUAUGAGAAUCUAUUAAAAGCUAGCGAACAACUUGGAAGUCUUAAGGAACAGGGACAGAUAUUUAGCGCUUUGUCGAACAUAUACUCAUCAUCUUUUUACGAUUAUAAGAGAGGUAAACAAUACGCCAUAAUUGGUUUAGAAAGACUUGAAAAAUCCGCUGAAUCAACUCAACUGGAAUUGGGAAUGAUAAAGAAUCGGUUAGGCUUUGCAAAAUUUAAGCAGGGAGAAGUUAAAGACGGUAUAAAAUAUUUAGAGAUGGCUGAUAAAAUCUUUGAUUCGGAAGGAAGAAAACAAUUUCAUAGUUUUAAAAUAAUGAUGAAACACUCCAGCGUUCUUGCUAAUCGAGGAAUCACAGCCAUUCUUGCUGGGGAUUACGAAAAAGCUUACGAAUUGCACCGAAGAGUUCUACAUAUGAGAAAGCCAAUUCUGGGUAAAAAUCAUGGAGAUGUUGCUCUCCAAUACAAUAGUUUUGGUUUAAUUGCAAGAGAGAGGAAUAAAUAUCAGGAAGCUUUGCGUAAUUUUUCAAUAAGUUUGAGAAUAAAAAGAAAAUUAUAUCCAAAGGGAAAUACUGCUGUUUUAAUUGGAUAUUAUAAUAUUAUAGACAUUUUUGUCAAAUUGGAUAAGUUUGACGAAGUUGAAAAAUUAUUUAAACAGGCGGUAGAAUGUUUUAAAAUGCUUGGAGAGGGUGGCAACAAAACGUUGAUUGGUGCAAUCUAUACAGCUUAUGCUUCGUCUUUUGUUAAAAGGCAACAAUAUUCAAAAGCUUGCGAAAUGUUUCAAAUAUCAUAUGAAAUAAGAGAGAAAUACUCCAAGAGUCCAGCUUUCCAAUUUCACACUCUUGUUGGUUACGUUAAUGCGUUACGACUUUCGAGAAAUUACGAAUUAGCCAUGGAAAUUGGUAGAAAAGGUAAGAGCGCUAUCAAUGAGUUGAUGAAACAAAGGCCAGAGCAUACCCUAAUACCAACCUUGUAUAAGGAAAUAUUUCUUGUCUAUAAAGGCGUGGAAAAUAUUAAAAAAUGUAAAAAGUAUCUCAGAAUCUAUGUAAAACACGUCGAUGGAUUAAUGCACACAGAUAUCAGACAUAAAGAACAGGCAAGUAAACACUCUUCUCUGAUUGAGUUGAUUGAUUGUUUAAAGGAUCUGGACGACGAUUUAAAAUCAUUAUUUUACGAAAUGAACGAUAUUAUUGAUUGCUCGAUAUGUAGCUUUAAUUUGAAAGAGCACAUUCGUUCCCUAAAUAUUCUGUGA